AAACAGCCCUUGCUGAAAUGUCAAUACACAACUGGGACGCUGGGUUCAUCAUGGUUUCCAGGCAGUGCGUGGCUUUGUUUCUCUGCUUUCUGCUACUGAUUCCUCUUUCUCUGGAUGCAGUCUUUCUAAAGCGGGAAGAGGCAAACAGCAUUUUGCAAAGACAAAGACGAGCCAACAGCUUCUUUGAAGAGAUAAAACUGGGGUCACUAGAGCGAGAAUGCAUGGAAGAAAAAUGUUCCUUUGAGGAAGCAAGAGAGAUUUACCGUGAUGAUGAAAGAACACAAGAGUUCUGGCACAUCUAUUCCGACCCUAACCAGUGUGACUCCAACCCCUGUCAGAACAGCGGGAGUUGUGAUGACCAGUUUCAGGACUACGUUUGCCGCUGUCCUGUUGGAUAUGAGGGCAAAAGCUGUGAAAAAGCCACAGCUGACAAACUGAAGUGCAUUUAUGACAAUGGUGGCUGUGAACAGUACUGUACUGAUGAGCAGUCUGAGAAACGAGUGUGCUUCUGUGCUGACGAUUACACCAUAGCGAGUGAUGGUGUGUCCUGCGUUCCCCAAGUGAAAUACCCAUGUGGAAAAAUACCAGUGCUGGCAAAAAAAAAUGCAGCUGCGCGAGGGAGAAUAGUAGGUGGUUCAACCUGUCCUCCAGGUGAAUGUCCAUGGCAAGCCCUGCUAAUACAGAAUCGGAAAGAGAAGUGUGGUGGUACCCUGCUUUCCCCAGAGUGGGUGGUCACUGCAGCUCACUGUUUGGAGUACACUCAUCCUAAACAGCUUCGGGUGAGACUGGGUGAAUACUCAACAAAAACUGAUGAGAAAACUGAGCAAGAAAGUGGAGUUGCCAGGAUAAUCAUUCAUGAAGGAUACACGAAUGGACAAGUCAAUAAUGAUAUUGCCCUUCUACGCCUGGAAACACCCGUGAAUCUCACUGACUAUGUGGUGCCAAUAUGUUUGCCUGAAAAACAGUUUGCAGUGUAUGAACUGUCCACCAUCAAAUUCUCCAGAGUGAGUGGAUGGGGACGCCUACUAGAUGGAGGUGCUACCUCGUCUAUUUUGAUGAGAGUUGAUUUGCCACGUGUAAAGACACAAGAAUGUGAAAAGGAGACCGAUUUAAAUAUUACAGAGAAUAUGUUCUGUGCAGGAGACCUGACCGGCACUAAAGACUCCUGCAAGGGAGACAGUGGUGGACCUCACGCCACAAAGUACAAGAAUACUUGGUUUCUGACCGGGAUUGUUAGCUGGGGAAAGGGCUGUGCUGUUGAAGGCAGCUAUGGAGUUUACACAAGGGUAUCCAGAUACAUCGACUGGUUAAAGAAGCACAUGGAUUAAUGAUGUCAAACGAGAGAAUUUCCAGAUCGGGUUACUGUCCCCCAGUCCCUCUGUGACAUUUUCCUACUGAAGCAUUCCUUCAUCAUAUUAGAUAUGUGAUACAUGUGAUGACACCCACACCACUAUUAAUGAUUUGAAAUGAGCCUAAUGCCUACUUGAAUAAUAAUAACAACUUCCCUAUCGGUAUUAUUUGUAAACUUGCGUGUCUUGUCAAGCAGCACAGAACGGCCAUAAUAAAUCAGACUCAAAGUCCCUUUUGCUCUGCAUCCAUUUCUCCAGAGGGACAGAGGAGAUGCUGAGAGAAAGACUGUCAGCAACACAUCAAGCACACCAUGAUCCUUCCUCCAGCUACCCUCUCAGCUUCUGGUAAUCAGUGAUGUACAGACUUCCUGAGCCAGAAGUUGCAUUAGGUUGAACAGGCAUGAAUGAACCUGUUGUCCAUGAAUGUGUGCAAUCUCUUCUGAACACAUUUCUGCUUCUGGCUUUCACAACUUCCUAUGCUGAUGGAUUCUGUACAUUACAUGUAAUGUGAUGAUGCAAUAGCAGAAGAAACAGGAAAAAGUGUUUCUUUUAGCUUACAUUAAAGUAGCUUUCUCCAAAA